AUGGCUAGAACACGCAGGAACGUGAGGUUCCAGCAUCGGAUAACAAAUGGCGUCGAGCAGCGGCGACAUAGCUCCUCCGACAUAAGCGAUGUGGCCUCGGAGCCGGGAAGUCCAGGGAAGAAUGGCAGCAUCUCCAAGUCCGAAGUCAUUGUGGAGGAGAAAUCGGUGGCUCCUCCCAUGUCGGAGUACGAGAAGAAGAAGCAGACGUUUAUCACUCGGACGAUCUGGACGUUCGUCAUGAUUGCGGGCUUCUUCAUUGCCAUGUUCUCCGGCCACAUCUAUGUGAUUGCGAUCGUUACUGCGGUGCAGAUUCUUUCCUUCAAGGAGGUUAUCGCGAUUGCCAACGUUCCCAGCAGAGAGAAAAAUCUGCGGUUCACCAAGUCUCUCAAUUGGUAUUUUCUGGCGACGACGAUGUACUUUCUCUAUGGAGAAAGUGUCAUUUACUACUUCAAACAUGUGUUGCUGGUGGAUAAAGUGCUGUUGCCUUUUGCGACGCACCACCGCUUCAUCAGCUUCAUGCUUUACGUCAUGGGAUUUGUCUUCUUUGUGGCCACACUCCAAAAAGGUCACUACCGGUUUCAAUUUACUCAAUUCGCCUGGACUCACAUGGCGCUCUACCUGAUCGUCGUGCAGGCACAUUUCAUCAUGAACAACAUCUUUGAAGGCAUGAUUUGGUUCUUCCUGCCUGCGUCGCUGGUCAUUACCAACGACAUUUUCGCCUACGUCUGUGGCAUCACGUUUGGCCGAACGCAGCUCAUCAAGCUGUCGCCGAAGAAGACGGUCGAGGGAUUCGUGGGAGCCUGGAUUUGCACGAUCAUUUUCGGUUACCUGAUAACCAACAUCUUGAUGAGCUACAAGUACUUUAUCUGCCCUGUGACGGACCUUGGUUCGAACGUGUUGACCGGCUUGGAGUGUACACCCAACCCUGUCUUUGCGCCAAAGGAGUACAGGCUCCCGGAAUGGACGGGUUUGCCCCGGACGGUCCAUGUUGCUCCGAUGCAGUUCCAUAUCCUGGUGUUUGCGACCUUCGCCUCGCUCAUUGCGCCGUUUGGUGGAUUUUUCGCGUCUGGGUUGAAACGUACAUUUAAAAUCAAGGACUUUGGCGAGUCGAUUCCGGGACACGGCGGCAUCACGGAUCGUAUGGACUGUCAGUUCAUCAUGGGGUUCUUUGCGUAUAUGUACUACCACACGUUCAUUGCGAUACACAAGGCCAGUGUUGGCGACAUCAUUGAGACGGCAAUCACGGGGUUGACGGCUGAUGAACAACUCGAACUGGUCCGGGGUCUCAGCAAGUAUCUCUACAACCAGGGAACUGUUUCGGAGAAGGUCCUGAGUUGUCUUAACGGAGAACUUGUGCGGCGGUGA